AUGUUGGAUGUUUCUAACCUCGAGGAGUUUCAGUUUGACGAUAAUACUACCACUGGUUACAAUGUAUUGGAGGCUCAACGCGAGGUCAGACAAUACCUCCGCAUUACGAAGUACGAGCUACCCAAGCUCAAGGCUUUUGUGAAGCCAUUUCAGCCUCCUUCAAAGACACAGAUCCUUCGUUUCCGUGCAACGACUUAUAUUGGUGAGCCCAGUCAUCCAGCAGCACCCAAGGUGGUCAUGACAGUUGAUGUGAAUUCAUUACCUUUGACCAACCCAGAACGACAUAAAUUCUUACUCUUGGUCGGACCACGGUAUGAUCCGGUGAAGAAACAGGUCAAGAUGAGUUGUGAAAAAUUUCAGGAUCGAUCUCAAAACUUUAAAUGGCUGAGUGAUACCAUGGACAAACUGAUCAACGAAGCAAAGAAGGAUCCAGAAUCAGUGAGUGAUGUCCCCUUGGAUCUGAGAUAUGCUGCCAAGAAUCUCAAGCCAAAGCUUCGUUUCCCCAAGGAAUGGAACCGUCCCGCUGCAAAGAAUACUGCUAUCACAACCACAACCACUACACCAACGACCGUUGCUGUUGUUAACUCUACUGCCGCCACCGCCCCCACUACAACAACCUCUGCCACUGCAUGA